CUAGGUAUCUACUAACCAACCUACCUAAGCUUGGUUGCAUACUCCUUCGACACAUAGCAUAGCAAAUGAUCACCGCCGUCAAUUUCGGGAACGGGCAGAGUCCUUCCCGAAAGGACCGUUCCGCUGUGGGUAUGUGGGUCAGUUUUUCCAGCCAAUGGAUUUAUCCACUCUCGGGGAGCUUAAAACGUCCGAUCUCGUAGCGGACAUUGAACUAAGAGAAUUAGCUAUCCUGAAGUUACCUACCCAAGUGACUAGGCAUUUACUAAGUGUUCCAAGGCGCUUUGCCUCGGAAGUUUGGUAUUGCAUGAAAAGACUAAAAAGCACCCCCAGAUAUCCGCGUCUCUUCAGGAGCGGUAGCGACGGUAGUAUCCCAAGCUAUGAUGUCUUCUAACAAGCGGAUUUCAGUCUCCAUCCAGCCCCUCAAUUACGCCGACAUCCCCGCCUGCGCCCGUAUCACCUCGUCGGCCUUCUCUGUAGACCCGCACACCAUCGUCAAGAAUCUAGGACGCGAGCCCUAUGACAUGUACGACAUAUCCAGCACCAACUUUCUCGAGACCCUCCACAAGAAAACGUACGUCUACGUCAAAGCUGUGGACGAUGAGACCGGCGAGAUCGUCGGGCACGCCGGGUGGGCGUUUAGAGGUGUGGAUCAGGCGCUAAUUCCGUGGAGCGGGCCCGCGGACGCGAAGCCGGUGGGAGAAGGGCGAAAACAAGGCCAGGACCAAGUUAAGAAUGGCGAAGCGAAGGAUGUGGAUAAGAAGGAGGGUGAAGAGGGCAAGGAGGGGGAUUCUAUCGAUCGCCUCCACGCCCUCGAAGACGCAGACAUGCAGUACUGGAUAUCUAAUGUAGUCCCUUCUGAUACGCCUUGCAUGUUCGUCGUCGAUCUCAUCGUGUCCCCCUCGUUUCAAUCCCGAGGUGUGGGUGGGGCCCUACUGCGACAUGGUAAUGCCGUUGCCGACACCUUGGGCCUUUCGAUAUGGGUACACUCGUCGCAUCAAGCGUACGAGGCCUAUAAGAAAUUCGGUUUCGAAACCGUAAGGGAGUUGAAUAUAGACUUGGACGAAUAUGCGCCGAGAAGACCACAUGCGGGAGAGGAGGUUAUGGGGGAAAAGGGGUGUGGCAAGUGGGGCAGAUAUAUCAUAAGAUAUAUGGAGAGGAAACCGGGCAAUUCUAGUAGUUGAGUUAGCUAACCCAAGCCUCAAUCUAAUUCGGACGACUAGGUAUAUUCAAUAGGGUUGUCACUAGUCAUGUCAUAGUAUGAACUUUCUUCAACCUCAACCAAUAGAAGAGCG